AUGGGUGCUCGUCCGCUGCUGUUCCUCCUGCUGCUGCUGCAGUUGCUGGCGCUAUGCGCCAGUGAGGCCGGUGGAACAGGCGACACAUCGAAUGAAGGCAGGAUACCAUCAACAGAUGGUAAAGCAAGUAACAUAAAGAGUACACCUUCCGCCGCUUCGAGUGAACCAGACACAUACGAUGCAUUUACUCCCGUGUCGUCAGAGACCUCAACUGCUACUACAGAAACUACAGAAACAACCGCAUCAGAUCAGCUGAGCACAGAAGCGUCAGCCACAACAGAUGACACGCUUACAACGCCAGAUACCACAGAGUCUACUACUACUACUGACAGUAGUAAUUCUGCUUCGACUGAUGCAUCUAAAGAUGAUUCAUCUGUCCCUACUUCAACAGAGACCACAACUGAUACUACAGUUACAGAAAGUUCAACAUCAGAGCAAUCGACAACAGAAGGCUCAACUGCAACAGAAGACACAGGUACAACUGAGUCUACUACUGAUAACGUAUCGAGUACUACUACUACUCCUUCGACUGAACCAUCUACCGAAGAUUCAUCUGUCCCUACUUCAUCAGAGUCCACAACUGACACUACAGUUACAGAAAACUCAACAUCAGAGCAAUCGACAACAGAAGACUCAGCUGCAACAGAAGGCACAGAUACAACGCCAGAUGCAACUGAGUCUACUACUGAUGACAUAACGAGUACUACUACUUCUCCUUCGACUGAACCAUCUACCGAAGAUUCAUCUGUCCCUACUUCGUCAGAGUCCACAACUGAUACUACAGUUACAGAAACAUCAACAUCAGAGCAAUCGACAACAGAAGGCUCAACUGCAACACAAGGCACAGAUACAACACAAGAUCUAACCGAGUCUACCACUGAAGACAUAACGAGUACUACUACUUCUCCUUCGACUGAACCAUCUACAGAAGAUUCAUCUGUCCCUACUUCAUCAGAGUCCACAACUGAUACUACAGUUACACAAACUUCAACAUCAGAGCAAUCGACAACAGAAGGCUCAACUACAACAGAAGAUACAGACACAACGCCAGAUGCAACCGAGUCUACCACUGAUGACAUAACGAGUACUACUACUUCUCCUUCGACUGAACCAUCUACAGAAGAUUCAUCUGUCUCUACUUCGUCAGAGUCCACAACUGAUACUACAGUUACAGAAAUUUCAACAUCAGAGGAAUCGACAACAGAAGGCUCAACUGCAACAGAAGACACAGAUACAACGCCAGAUGCAACCGAGUCUACUACUGAUGACAUAACGAGUACUACUACUUCUCCUUCGACUGAACCAUCUACAGAUGAUUCAUCUGUCCCUACUUCGUCAGAGUCCACAACUGAUACUACAGUUACAGAAACUUCAACAUCAGAGCAAUGGACAACAGAAGGCUCAACUGCAACAGAAGACACAGAUACAACGCCAGAUGCAACCGAGUCUACUACUGAUGACAUAACGAGUACUAGUACUUCAGCUUCGACUGAACCAUCUACAGAUGAUUCAUCUAUCCCCACUUCGUCAGAGUCCACAACUGAUACUACAGUUACAGAAACUUCAACAUCAGAGGAAUCGACAACAGUAGGCUCAACUGUAACAGAAGACACAGAUACAACGCCAGAUGCAACCGAGUCUACUACUGAUGACAUAACGAGUACUACUACUUCUCCUUCGACUGAACCAUAUACAGAAGAUACAUCUGUCCCUACUUCGUCGGAGUCCACAAUUGAUACUACAGUUACAGAAACUUCAACAUCAGAGCAAUCGACAACAGAAGGCUCAACUGCAACAGAAGACACAGAUACAACGCCAGAUGCAACCGAGUCUACUACUGAUGAUGUAACGAGUACUACUACUUCUCUUUCGACUGAACCAUCUACAGAAGAUUCAUCUGUCCCUACUUCAUCAGAGUCCACAACUGAUACUACAGUUACAGAAACUUCAACAUCAGAGCAAUCGACAACAGACGGCUCAACUGCAACAGAAGACACAGAUACAACGCCAGAUGCAACCGAGUCUACUACUGAUGACAUAACGAGUACUACUACUCCUGCUUCGACUGAACCAUCUACAGAAGAUUCAUCUGUCCCUACUUCAUCAGAGUCCACAACUGAUACUACAGUUACAGAAACUUCAACAUCAGAGCAAUCGACAACAGAAGGCUCAACUGCAACAGAAGACACAGAUACAACGCCAGAUGCAACCGAGUCUACUACUGAUGACGUAACGAGUACUACUACUUCUCCUUCGACUGAACCAUCUACAGAAGAUUCAUCUGUCCCUACUUCAUCAGAGUCCACAACUGAUACUACAGUUACAGAAAUUUCAACAUCAGAGGAAUCGACAACUGAAGGCUCAACUGCAACAGAAGACACAGAUACAACGCCAGAUGCAACCGAGUCUACUACUGAUGACGUAACGAGUACUAGUACUUCAGCUUCGACUGAACCAUCUACAGAUGAUUCAUCUAUCCCUACUUCGUCAGAGUCCACAACUGAUACUACAGUUACAGAAACUUCAACAUCAGAGGAAUCGACAACAGUAGGCUCAACUGUAACAGAAGACACAGAUACACCGGCAGAUGAAACCGAGUCUACUACUGAUGACAUAACGAGUACUACUACUUCUCCUUCGACUGAACCAUCUACAGAAGAUUCAUCUGUCCCUACUUCGUCAGAGUCCACAACUGAUACUACAGUUACAGAAUCUUCAACAUCAGAGCAAUUGACAACAGAAGUCUCAACUGCAACACAAGACACAGAUACAACGCCAGAUGCAACCGAGUCUACUACUGAUGACAUAACGAGCACUAGUACUUCUGCUUCGACUGAACCAUAUACAGAAGAUACAUCUGUCCCUACUUCGUCGGAGUCCACAAUUGAUACUACAGUUACAGAAACUUCAACAUCAGAGCAAUCGACAACAGAAGGCUCAACUGCAACAGAAGACACAGAUACAACGCCAGAUGCAACCGAGUCUACUACUGAUGAUGUAACGAGUACUACUACUUCUCUUUCGACUGAACCAUCUACAGAAGAUUCAUCUGUCCCUACUUCAUCAGAGACCACAACUGAUACUACAGUUACAGAAACUUCAACAUCAGACCAAUCGACAACAGAAGGCUCUACUGCAACAGAAGACACAGAUACAGCGCCAGAUGCAACCGAGUCUACUACUGAUGACGUAACGAGUACUAGUACUUCAGCUUCGACUGAACCAUCUACAGAAGAUUCAUCUGUCCCUACUUCGUCAGAGUCCACAACUGAUACUACAGUUACAGAAACUUCAACAUCAGAGGAAUCGACAACAGUAGGCUCAACUGUAACAGAAGACACAGAUACACCGGCAGAUGAAACCGAGUCUACUACUGAUGACAUAACGAGUACUACUACUUCUGCUUCGACUGAACCAUCUACAGAAGAUUCAUCUGUCCCUACUUCGUCAGAGUCCACAACUGAUACUACAGUUACAGAAACUUCAACAUCAGAGCAAUCGACAACAGAAGGUUCAACUGCAACAGAAGACACAGUUGCAACGCCAGAUGCAACCGAGUCUACUACUGAUGACGUAACGAGUACUACUACUUCUCAUUCGACUGAACCAUCUACAGAUGAUUCAUCUGUCCCUACUUCGUCAGAGUCCACAACUGAUACUACAGUUACAGAAACUUCAACAUCAGAGCAAUCGACAACAGAAGGCUCAACUGCAACAGAAGACACAGAUACAACGCCAGAUGCAACCGAGUCUACUACUGAUGACAUAACGAGUACUAGUACUUCUGCUUCGACUGAACCAUCGACCGAAGAUUCAUCUGUCCCUACUUCAUCAGAGUCCACAACUGAUACUACAGUUACGGAAACUUCAACAGCAGAGCAAUCGACAACAGAAGGUUCAACUGCAACAGAAGACACAGAUACAACGCCAGAUGCAACCGAGUCUACUACUGAUGACGUAACGAGUACUACUACUUCUCCUUCGACUGAACCAUCUACAGAAGAUUCAUCUGUCCCUACUUCGUCAGAGUCCACAACUGAUACUACAGUUACAGAAACUUCAACAUCAGAGCAAUUGACAACAGAAGGCUCAACUGCAACAGAAGACACAGAUACAACGCCAGACGCAACCGAGUCUACUACUGAUGACAUAACGAGUACUACUACUUCUCCUUCUACUGAACCAUCUACAGAAGAUUCAUCUGUCCCUACUUCAUCAGAGUCCACAACUGAUACUACAGUUACAGAAACUUCAACAUCAGAGCAAUCGACAACAGAAGGUUCAACUGCAACAGAAGACACAGAUACAACGCCAGAUGCAACCGAGUCUACUACUGAUGACGUAACGAGUACUACUACUUCUCCUUCGACUGAACCAUCUACAGAAGAUUCAUCUGUCCCUACUUCGUCAGAGUCCACAACUGAUACUACAGUUACAGAAACUUCAACAUCAGAGCAAUUGACAACAGAAGGCUCAACUGCAACAGAAGACAUAGAUACAACGCCAGAUGCAACCGAGUCUACUACUGAUGACGUAACGAGUACUACUACUUCUCCUUCGACUGAACCAUCUACAGAAGAUUCAUCUGUCCCUACUUCGUCAGAGUCCACAACUGAUACUACAGUUACAGAAACUUCAACAUCAGAGCAAUCGACAACAGAAGGCUCAACUGCAACAGAAGACACAGAUACAACGCCACAUACAUCCGAGUCUACUACUGAUGACAUAACGAGUACUACUACUUCUGCUUCGACUGAACCACAUACCGAAGAUUCAUCUGUCCCUACUUCAUCAGAGUCUACAGCUGAUACUACAGUUACAGAAACUUCAACAUCAGAGCAAUGGACAACAGAAGGCUCAACUGCAACACAAGACACAGAUACAACGCUGGAUACAACAGACUCUACUGCUGAUGACAUAACGAGUACUAGUACUUCACCAUCGACUGAACCAUCUACAGAAGAUUCAUCUGUCCCUACUUCGUCAGAGUCCACAACUGAUACUACAGUUACAGAAACUUCAACAUCAGAGCAAUCGACAACAGAAGGCUCAACUGCAACAGAAGACACAGAUACAACGCCACAUACAUCCGAGUCUACUACUGAUGACAUAACGAGUACUACUACUUCUGCUUCGACUGAACCACAUACCGAAGAUUCAUCUGUCCCUACUUCAUCAGAGUCUACAGCUGAUACUACAGUUACAGAAACUUCAACAUCAGAGCAAUCGACAACAGAAGGUUCAACUGCAACAGAAGACACAGAUACAACGCCAGAUGCAACCGAGUCUACUAAUGAUGACGUAACGAGUACUACUACUUCUCCUUCGACUGAACCAUCUACAGAAGAUUCUUCUGUCCCUACUUCAUCAGAGUCCACAACUGAUACUACAGUCGCAGAAACAUCAACAACAGACCAAUCGACAACAGAAGGCUCAACUGCAACAGAAGACACAGAUACAACCGAGUCUACUUCUGAUGACAUAACGAGUACUAGUACUUCACCAUCAACUGAACCAUCUACAGGAGAUUCAUCUGUCCCUAGUUCGUCAGAGUCCACAACUGAUACUACAGUUACAGAAACUUCAACAUCAGAGGAAUCGACAACAGAAGGCUCAACUGCAACAGAAGACACAGAUACAACGCCAGAUGCAACCGAAUCUACUAAUGAUGACGUAACGAGUACUACUACUUCUCCUUCGACUGAACCAUCUACAGAAGAUUCAUCUGUCCCUACUUCGUCAGAGUCCACUACUGAUACUACAGUCACAGAAACUUCAACAUCAGAGCAAUCGACCACAGAAGGCUCAACUGCAACAGAAGACACAGAUACAACGCCAGAUGCAACCGAGUCUACCACUGAUGACAUAACGAGUACUACUACUUCUCUUUCGACUGAGCCAUCUACAGAAGAUUCAUCUGUCUCUACUUCGUCAGAGUCCACAACUGAUACUGCAGUCACAGAAACUUCAACAUCAGAGCAAUCGACAACAGAAGGCUCAACUGUAACAGAAGACACAGAUACAACGCCAGUUGCAACUGAGUCUACUACUGAUGACUUAACGAGUACUAGUACUUCUGCUACGACUGAACCAGCUACAGAAGAUUCAUCUGUCCCUACUUCGUCAGAGUCCACAACUGAUACUACAGUUACAGAAGCAUCAACAACAGACCAAUCGACAACAGAAGGUUCAACUGCAACAGAAGACAUAGAUACAACCGGGUCUACUACUGAUGACAUAACGAGUACUACUACUUCUCCUUCGACUGAACCAUCUACAGAAGAUUCAUCUGUCCCUACGUCGUCAGAGUCCACAACUGAUACUACAGUUACAGAAACUUCAACAUCAGAGGAAUCGACAACAGAAGGCUCAACUGCAACAGAAGACACAGAUACAACGCCAGAUGCAACCGAGUCUACUACUGAUGACAUAACGAGUACUAGUACUUCUGCUUCGACUGAACCAUCGACCGAAGAUUCAUCUGUCCCUACUUCAUCAGAGUCCACAACUGAUACUACAGUUACAGAAACUUCAACAUCAGAGCAAUCGACAACAGAAGGCUCAACUGCAACAGAAGACACAGAUACAACGCCAGAUACAACCGAGUCUACUACUGAUGUCAUAACGAGUACUACUACUUCUCCUUCGACUGAGCCAUCUACAGAAGAUUCAUCUGUCUCAACUUCGGCAGAGUCCACAACUGAUACUGCAGUCACAGAGACUUCAACAUCAGAGCAAUCGACAACAGAAGGCUCAACUGUAACAGAGGACACAGAUACAACGCCAGUUGCAACUGAGUCUACUACUGAUGACUUAACGAGUACUAGUACUUCUGCUUCGACUGAACCAUCUACAGAAGAUUCAUCUGUCCCUACUUCGUCAGAGUCCACAACUGAUACCACAGUUACAGAAACAUCAACAACAGACCAAUCGACAACAGAAGGUUCAACUGCAACAGAAGACAUAGAUACAACCGGGUCUACUACUGAUGACAUAACGAGUACUACUACUUCUUCUUCGACUGAACCAUCUACAGAAGAUUCAUCUGUCCCUACUUCGUCAGAGUCCACAACUGAUACUACAGUUACAGAAACUUCAACAUCAGAGGAAUCGACAACAGAAGGCUCAACUGCAACAGAAGACACAGAUACAACGCCAGACGCAACCGAGUCUACCACUGAUGACAUAACGAGUACUACUACUUCUCCUUCGACUGAAACAUCUGCAGAAGAUUCAUCUGUCUCUACUUCGUCAGAGUCCACAACUGAUACUACAGUUACAGAAACUUCAACAUCAGAGCAAUCGACAACAGAAGGCUCAACUGCAACAGAAGACACAGAUACAACGCCAGAUGCAACCGAGUCUACUAUUGAUGACAUAACGAGUAUUACUACUUCUCCUUCGACUGAACCAUCUACAGAAGAUUCAUCUGUCCCUACUUCGUCAGAGUCCACAACUGAUACUACACUUACAGAAACUUCAACAUCAGAGCAAUCGACAACAGAAGGCUCAACUGCAACAGAAGACACAGAUACAACGCCAGAUACAACCGAGUCUACUACUGAUGUCAUAACGAGUACUACUACUUCUCCUUCGACUGAGCCAUCUACAGAAGAUUCAUCUGUCUCAACUUCGGCAGAGUCCACAACUGAUACUGCAGUCACAGAGACUUCAACAUCAGAGCAAUCGACAACAGAAGGCUCAACUGUAACAGAGGACACAGAUACAACGCCAGUUGCAACUGAGUCUACUACUGAUGACUUAACGAGUACUAGUACUUCUGCUUCGACUGAACCAUCUACAGAAGAUUCAUCUGUCCCUACUUCGUCAGAGUCCACAACUGAUACCACAGUUACAGAAACAUCAACAACAGACCAAUCGACAACAGAAGGUUCAACUGCAACAGAAGACAUAGAUACAACCGGGUCUACUACUGAUGACAUAACGAGUACUACUACUUCUUCUUCGACUGAACCAUCUACAGAAGAUUCAUCUGUCCCUACUUCGUCAGAGUCCACAACUGAUACUACAGUUACAGAAACUUCAACAUCAGAGGAAUCGACAACAGAAGGCUCAACUGCAACAGAAGACACAGAUACAACGCCAGACGCAACCGAGUCUACCACUGAUGACAUAACGAGUACUACUACUUCUCCUUCGACUGAAACAUCUGCAGAAGAUUCAUCUGUCUCUACUUCGUCAGAGUCCACAACUGAUACUACAGUUACAGAAACUUCAACAUCAGAGCAAUCGACAACAGAAGGCUCAACUGCAACAGAAGACACAGAUACAACGCCAGAUGCAACCGAGUCUACUAUUGAUGACAUAACGAGUAUUACUACUUCUCCUUCGACUGAACCAUCUACAGAAGAUUCAUCUGUCCCUACUUCGUCAGAGUCCACAACUGAUACUACACUUACAGAAACUUCAACAUCAGAGCAAUCGACAACAGAAGGCUCAACUGCAACAGAAGACACAGAUACAACGCCAGAUACAACCGAGUCUACUACUGAUGUCAUAACGAGUACUACUACUUCUCCUUCGACUGAACCAUCUACAGAAGAUCCAUCUGUCCCUACUUCAUCAGAGUCCACAUCUGAUACUACAGUCACAGAAACUUCAACAUCAGAGCAAUCGACAACAGAAGGUUCAACUGCAUCAAAUUUUACAAGUACUUCCACAACAGAAAUUCCAGGAUCCUCGACUACAACGCUUGCUCCACCGCCUCCUCUGAUUCAAGGCGAUGUCACAGAUGAACAGAAUAUUACGUGCAUUUCUAUAUCCAUGGCAGUUAUUAUUGAAGUACCUUACAUCACGACUGAUAAUGAGCACAAGACGGCGAAUGUAACAGUCCCCGAAAAUGCAGAAAUUACUGGAAAUUGUGGCGAGGAAAUUCAAAACAUUUCAAUUGUCUGGGAUCCUCCAACAACACAGAAACGUUGGCGAAGGGAGAUUCCGAAAGACAAGAAUCAUUUACUAAUGAGUAUACAAAAGACUGCAGAUGGUCAGCGAUACCAUUUUGCUAGCGUUGAAAUAAUGGUUAUCCUGGAUUCUGUCAACUUCCCAGACGCUAAGGAUCGAGAUACGCCAUUCACUUCAGUUGUUACUGAUGCACAACUGUUUCAAGUGGAAGUUGGCAAAGGAAUGGAGUGCCAGCAGACUACUACAAUCAAGGGGACUAAUGAUGCCAUCAUUCAUAUGGAGAAUGUGAAAUAUUAUGCCUACAAUAAUCAGCCUGGGGCUGAUUCAGAAAUUACCUAUAUCAACUGUUACCAGCCACAAUCAAGUUACCUGACUGCUGCUACUAUAAUAGCAAUUGUCUUAGGUGCAGUACUUGCAGCUGUUGUACCUUUAAUUAUAUUUUUCACUGUUGUACAUAGAAAGAAAUGUGGAAUGUAUUCACUGAACCCAUGA